UGGUGGGAUACCAUCAAAAAAUAGGUUGAGACCAUGAAAAAAUGGCCUAAAAGUGACAAAAAAUGGUGGGAGACCAUCAAAAAGUAGGUUGAGACCACAAAAAAAUGGCCUAAAAGUGACAAAAAAUGGUGGGAAAUGAAGGGGAAUGGCUUGAAAUCAUCAAUAAAUGGCUUGAAAGUGACAAAAAAAUGGUCUAAAAGUGACAAAAAAUGGUGGGACACCAUCAAAAAUUAGGUUGAGACCACAAAAAAAUGGCCUAAAAGUGACAAAAAAUGGCUUGAAAGUGACAAAAAAUGGUGGGAAACCCAAUGGGAAUGGCUUGAAACCAUCAAAAAAUGCUGGAAAACCGAUGGGAAGGGUUUGAAAUCAUCAAAAAUUGGCUUGAAACCGUCAAAAAUUGGUGGAAACCCAACAGGAAGGUCUUGGAAGCAUCAAACAAUGGAAACCCAAUGGAAAAGUCUUGGAAGCAUCAAAUGAUGGUGGGAACCCAACGGGAAGGUCUUGGAACCAUCAAAAAUGGCUUAAAACCAACAAAAAGUGACGGAAACCCAACGGGAAGGUCUUGGAAGCAUCAAAGGAUGGUGGAAACCCAAUGGAAAAGUCUUGGAAGCAUCAAACAAUGGAAACCCAAUGGGAAGAUCUUGGAAGCAUCAAAUGAUGGUGGAAACCCAACGGGAAAGUCUUGGAAGCAUCAACUGGUGGAAACCCAACGGGAAGGUCUUGGAAGCAUCAAAGGAUGGUGGAAACCCAACGGAAAAGUCUCGGAAGCAUCAAGAACCAUCUGGAAUUUGACAAAAAAUGGCUCAAACCCAACCAAAACUGGUGGAAACCCAACGGAAAAGUCUUGGAAGCGUCGAAUGAUGGUGGAAACCCAAUGGAAAAGUCUUGGAACCAUCAAAGGAUGGUGGAAACCCAACGGGAAGGUCUUGGAAGCAUCAAAUGAUGGUGGAAACCCAAUGGAAAAGUCUUGGAAGCAUCAAAUGAUGGUGAAAAGCCAACGGGAAGGUCUUGAAACCAUCAAAAAGUGGUGGAAACCCAAUGGGAAGGUCUUGAAACCCUCAAAAAAUGGCUUAAAACCGACAAAAAGUGACGGAAACCCAAUGGAAAAGUCUUGGAAUCAUCAAAUGAUGGUGGAAACCCAAUGGGAAGGUCUUGGAAGCAUCAAAAACCACCUGGAAUUUGACAAAAAAUGGCUCAAACCCAACCAAAACCAGUGGAACCCCAACGGGAAGGUCUUGAAACCAUCAAAAAAUGGCUUAAAACCAACAAAAACUGAUGGAAACCCAAUGGAAAAGUCUUGGAAUCAUCAAAUGAUGGCGGAAACCCAACGGAAGAGUCUCGGAAUCCCCACGAGCCGCGUCAGGAGCGUCCGGAAG